UUGGUGAAAGUCGUUGAUAAUUAAGUGUAAAUGGUUAUCAAUUGCUACAGAUGAUAAAAUUGCUGCUACUCGGGAAUAAAAACUUUUUUGGGAAAUGAGAGCAGGAUAUGACUAAGCAGAGAUUUUGAUUAAGUGUGUCAAGAAGGAACAUAUAUUUUUCUCCAAAUUUUACUUUUGGAAUGUAUCAAUUCAAUUUUAUUUUUAAUGGCUUAAGAUUUAUACACAAGUGAAUUCCUUCGAAAUCGGUAAUGACAACUCCUGAGCUGUUUCCCUCAAGCAGAGAACAAGUAUAAUCAUAUUUUGUUUGAAGAGUCAAUUUCAAUUUCCUUAAUAGUUUCAUCAGGAUAAGUUAUUAUCAUAAAAUGAAUACAAUCUUUCGGUUUGGUUUUUGGUAAUCUUGUUGAUGCUAUUAAAUGCUGGUGGUUUGUUUGCGUAACCUGGGAGUUGAAUUAAUAAACGAAUGUCACGAUCCAAAAUUCCAACCAACAUUUAAAUGUUUGUGUCCAAGUAAAAUAUUUGUAUCGUGGUAUUUUUACACACAUAAAUGAACUCCCUCUGAUUUAAUUUUUAUGAUAGCAGAUUCGUUACUUUGAAAAAACGAAUAGAUAUAAUUAUAUUUUGGAUUUGAUGAUUCGAUGACAGCUUCAUGAAUUACUUUUCCUGGAUAAACAAUUAGCAUAAGACGCAUAAAAUUAUCGGUUCCUAAAUGAGGAAAGUCAACAGCUGCUAUUCGUGUAAACAGUUUAUUUGUAAGUGUGGGAAAAUGAAUCAGUAAAAGAGCUAGCAUUUAGUCUAUAGAGAUGCACACAUUUCUAGUGGGCAGCUGAAACAGAAAACUGUUGCCUAGGUUGGUUUUAUAGUGUUGUUGUUGGUGUUUGAAUGAGGGAUUGUUGGGCUAGAGAUAGUUCCUAUUACAUUGUUCCGUACUAAAUGUUCAUUUUGGUUAUUUAGGUCUGGGUAUAAGUUCUGGUAAUUUUUUUAGAAAAGAUGAUGCUGUGUUAUGAAUAAUGUUAUCCCAAAAAGCUGUCACAUUUUCAUUAGGAGAGGAGUAAUGUCUGCACGUUGAACAAAUUCUGUUUAUGCUGGUACAAUAAUAAAUCAAUAAAAAUGAUACUUUUGUAGAAAAAUGACGCAUAACUAACCUAAUUUUGUGAAAAACUUAUUAUCUGAUAGAUGAUAUAUUUUUAACUUUCAGCCUGCUCUAGAUAAAUAUUUUGUUCGACAAAUACUUGGCUCCAAACAAACCACAGAAGUCCAUUAAGAUUACUUUUCGAAACUUUAAAUUCUAGGUCCACGACAAAUCAGUAAAAUUCACAUUUUAAAAGAACAAAACGGUAUAUCUAAUCCUUAACCCGCAUCUGUAUCGUGGUUUUGAGGACAUUUGUUGAAUUCUAUUUAUUUUGCAGGGCAGGCUGAAAAAAUGCCUGGUUGAUUCAUAUUCGCUUUUCAUAUGCUGGGUUCGGCCGAUAUCUUUUUUUUUAAAGAAUGUGAUUGCAAGCAAACGCUAGAACCCAGCUUUUAUUUGCUCGCUUGCUGGUGUUUUAAUAAUGAUAAGUGCCCCAGUUUCCUCUUUUUUAAGAUUAGUUUGAACCGGCUGCGUCUUUUGAUAAAUUACCUGCUCAGUAAGCAGAGCAUACCUUAAUUAGAAUUUUCCGAAGUAGUUUUUAGAAGCUCUAAAUUUGAUAGAUUUCAGAAAUAUCCUUGUUUUGAUUUCGAGACCAAGUUAACAUAUCCCUGUGUUAAGGUUGUGAAACGGAUUUCCAUUUUCUCUUUUAAUUUUCAGACAUUCAGAAUCAAUUAUUUUUUAAAAACUGGGUCCUGAGUUUGAUUCAAACUGUCAAAAAUGUUCGUGUAUCCUUUGCUAGUAGAAUAAAUUAUAUAGCUCUGCUCAUUAAUUUCAAUCCUCUCUCGCUCCUUUUCAACCAUAAUCUUCUUAAUGGUUCUUCUCUGCCUCCUGAUGCUAUGCACUUUAAACUUUCUUACAAAUCAGUCACACAGCCCUUUUAAUUUAUUCUGUGCAUUUCAAUUCACUUGAAUCAGGUCCAAAAUGACAGUACCUUUUUUAUAUCUUUUCCACAUCUUAAACCCAGUUUGUGUGUUCAAAUUGUGUUUAUAUCGAAUUUAAUUCUAAUUAGUUAGCAUUUUUCAAAGUCUUAGGCGAAUUGAGUGCAUAUCAUAGCCAACCAUUCAGACAUUACUAUCGUUAACUUUCUAAGAGAGCUGCUAAUUAGAUAUUCAGUGUACAGUUAUUUUUCAGACGUUUGAAAUGUCUGUAUUUGCGAAAAAGUAUCGUUUAUUUUGCCAUACAUUCAGAAAUUACCCUGGCAUCCUUUUUAUUUUCAACCGGGAUUUAUCAAGUAGUAGCGGAGAUGGACCUGGUACUUUCUGGGGAGCCCAGAGCUACCUUACAUCCAGUAGCGCUAAUUCAAAACAGAAGAAAGGGUCUACCGGAGAGACUCAAUCAAGUGAUUCUUUAAUUCCGAAGGAACAAGAUGGAGCAAAGGACGAAUCAAACACCGGUGCUAAUAUUUCGAACUCCACGCAAUAUUCAACCUCAAACCCUAUCAUACCAGAUUCCACAUUCCCUCUUCCCGGAAAUGUUGGAUUCUCGGAAACGUUUUUCAACGAAUUUUUUCAAGGUACGCAAUCAACAGAGUACUCAAAAGCUCCAUCAAAGUCUGAAGUGUUCAUUGGAUCUAGCGGUUAUUCAAAAGAUGAGAUCAAAAACGAUCUUUUUGCGUUUAGUGGUAUGCAACUUCCUAAUGAUGAACACAAAAUCGAAACUUUACAAAAGUUUGUAAAAGUGCUUCGCGCUGAUAACAGUUUUGGCGAAACAGCAAGUCCAGUUUUCCCGAAUUUCGAAAACUUAAAAGAAGUAAUAUUCAGCUACCAUAUACCUAUUGAGGUGUGCACUUUCAAAUGUCCGCAGUUUAUCAAAAAUGAAAUUUUGAGACUGUUUCCGAUGAACUCGGAUCUUAAAUCAAGAAAUUUAGUGCUGAUUAAUUUGAGUCAUAAGACGGUAAAUGACAUGAGUGGUUGGAACGACUCAGUUGACGAAGAGCGGGAACAGGUUAUCGAAAAGUUUGUUCACGGGGCUCAGCUUAUUUGUGAGUUUCUCAAGGUGCAAAAUUAUUUUGCGGACUUUAUUGACCCGAUGACAGGGAAGCCAUUCUAUGCGCCUCACACUAAUAGCACACUGUUUGAAACAGACGAGCUGUACGAGAAGUUUGGUUUCCGAAUCGACGAUUUGGGUUGCUGUAAAGUGGUUCAUCACGGCACUUUUGGAACGCAUGUUUUUGUGGGAACGAUAUUGACAGAUGCUCCAGUUAGCGACAAGUUCCUUUCUCAAACUGAAACAACUACAUGAACUCAAGCUAUUACGUGUGAUGGUAAAUUGAGUCGACAGGAAUUAGGGUCCAAAAUUUUUUCAUGUUUUUGAGUUUUGUUUCGAUUACGAGAUCAAAGUUUGAAAAGCAGCUCAUUGGC